AUGUGGACGGACCCAUCCCAUCAAACCGGCCGGACCGCGGGCCACGUGGACCACGGACGCUGUGGCCUUGGCCUCGCCCUGGAGCCCGCGGAGCUGAGACGCGAUGGCAGCCGCAAGGACCGUGUGCUGCUCGGGCCCGCGACGCCCCCGGGGCUGGGCAGGUCAGAACAGCAGCGAUGGCCGAAGAGCCUAGACGCCGGCCCAGGCAGGGGACCCGGCCGGGGGGCGCCCACAUGCGGGGCACAGAGGUUCCCCUUGCCCUCCCCGGGGGCGGUGCUGCUCCGGGAGCCCGGCCGGGUGCAGAGCAACCUGGCUGCGCCCAGCCUCGUCCUGACGGACGGCGCGGACCGGCUCAUGAACUCCAGCCCACAGCAGCAGAGCAACCUGCCGCCCCCCGCCAGGCCCCAGGGGAGAGCCCGAGACCCUGCCGUCCAGCAGAGCAACCUGAGCGCGAGGGGCGCCGGCCUGGCUGGGGGAAGGCGCUGCAGCCCCCGCCCCCCGCCAGAGCUUCAGGGGAGCGUUGGGCCCCGGGGGGCAGCUCAGGGGAGCCCUCGGCCCCCAGGCUCGCUGGCCUGCCCGUCCUCCACCCUGAGGCCGCCCCGGCUGCUGGCCACAGACGCCCCCUGCCCAGGCGUCCCGCCUGCGGCAGGCUCAGCCCCUUUCAACGGGCGCGCACGGCCGGACUCCGGGCCCUGGGGUGGCCUGUGGAGCGGGCCCUCUCGGCUCGCGGGGGAGCCGCUCACCCUGGAGGACCUGACUGUCCCUGUCCACGGCCAGGCUCAGGCCCCGUCCCACACCGCCGUGCACCAGCUGCUGACCUCCGUGCAACACCUGGAGCGAGCGGUAGCUCGUCUCGGGCGCCGACUGUCCCAGGAAGCCCCGGGCCCUGCUCAGCGGGCCCCCUGGAGCAGCUCGGGCCAGGCUCUCGCCGACCCCCGCCAGCCCGGCCGACCUGGUCUUGCUCCCUGGGGUGGGAGGAAGGAGCACCCGGGCCGCCUCGGGGGAAGCACAGAUUGCCCAGAGACUCGAGGGAGCCAGGCUGGCCCCGCAGGCUCUCAGGCAAGCAGGCGGCCUGCGUCGUCACUGGAGGCCACGCUGGGGACCCUGGCUGGGGAUUGCCUUGCCCCUAAGGACGGCGUCCUUCCGGCCACCCCCCCGAGGCAAGAAGAGAGCUCCCCGGGGCCUCCACGUGGCAGCUGGCAGAGGGGAGACCCCCAGCUCCCUCCAGGGGCGGGCAGCAGGGAGGCCAGACCCUGCUCAUGGGCCCGGUCCAGUGCUGCCCGGGGCGUCCCACCUGGGCGGGGAGGCGGGGAGGUGGCCCCGCAGGAGCAGAGCAGCAGGGAGGAGGAGAGGACGGCCUCCUGGUCCCCAGACGCAGCCCCAGCAGGGAGCGGCCUGCAGGAAAAAGCCCGAAACAUCGCGAGCCUGGAGUCCGAGACAGCCGGCCUGCCGUGGCUGUCCCCAUGUUUCAGAGCCUGGUGGCGCUGGGUGCAGAGGCGGCGGGCAGCGGCUGCCGUGGUGGCGGGGGGCCGGCGGCAGCUGUUGCACAGAGGCCUGUGGGCGCUUCGGGGGGCCCUGCGGCUCCGGGAGGCCCAGCUGGAGGCGGCGUGGGGGCGACACACUCGGGCCCUGCUGGCCCAGAGCUUCCGAAAGUGGAGAAACUGGACUCUGCAGCAGAAGCAGGGGCAGCCCCCCGUCCAGGCUGGGCCGGGACCCCCACGCCCUGGGCCAAGAGGAGGCCAAGACCCCUCAGGAAGGGGGCCCGAGGUGGACCCCGCCAGGAGCAGCAGCCCGGCCCGCGGCGGCAUCGGUUUCUCUCCGGGCAACUUCCCUCACGGUCCAGGGAGUCAGAGGGAGGAGGCGGCAGCCUGGCCGGGACCAGAUGGAGGCGAUGGGGGAGCGCAGAUGCUGCAGGCCUUAGGACAGCUGGCCGUCUUCCUCUUGUGGUGCCACCAGAAGAAAUGGGCCAGGCAGGACAGGGGGGCCCAGAGAGAGAACCCCCGGGUCCCACUGAGGACUCAGGGGAUGGGGAGACCCCCCGAAGCCUGGCGCUCUCAUGCUGUAGACGCACCCAGGGCGGCCUUGCCGGACACUCAGCCGCGGAGAGCCUGGCUCGGCAGGUGCUUUGGGGCCUGGCAGCGGUUCGCGCAACGAGGGGCCGGGUUCCGGGAGCGGCUGGCCCACCGCCAGGCACACACCCUCAGGCUGUGUCUGCAGCAGUGGCUACGGAUGAGGCGGCUCCGGGCCUCCGAUGGAGCCAAGGUGACCCAGCUGUCCCUCUGCCAGCAGAAGGCAGGGAGCGCGACUCUCUGCGGCGCAGCCCCUGGGGUGGCCGCAGCCCAUGGCCUGGGAGUGGUGGCUCAGGUCCAGGUGCCAGCCCAGGAGCAGGGCCGGGGCUCCCUGCAGGAAGCCUGCCAGAGACUGGCCCUCCAGCGGGCACUGCUGCUCUGGAGGACGCGGCUGUCCCAGCGCCGGAGGCCUGACAUCUCCGACCGGGCCUUGCGGCAGCUUCAACACAUCCUGAGCAGGGGGCACCUGACGGCGCGGGGUCUGAGCGCCUCGGCCCCGGAGCUCCUGGGCAGCCUCCCGGGAGGGGAGCCCCGGCUGGGCGGCCGCCCACCGCGAAGCUCGCCGCAGCGGGCCUUGAGGGCGCCCGCCCCCUUGGAGACGCUCGGGCUGAGCUUUCGGUGGGCAUCUGGGCAGCGGCGGAAGGGGCGGUGCCUUCGGCUCUGGCAGGUGCGCGCCAGGCAGUCCCGGGGUGCGGCCAGGUGGUGCCGGCGCGCUCUCCAGAGGCGCGUCCUGGUCGGCUGGAGCCGCUGGGCCUCAGCCCAAGGGGCCCAGAGACAGCUGGCCGUCGGCUGGGCCCGGGGCCGGUGCGGCCGGGCUGCGCUGCGCUGGUGGCGGCGGCGGCUGGCGCAGCGGCUGGAGGUGGAGCAGCGGGUCCGGGCUCGGGGUCGCGCGCUGGCUCGAGGCGCCCUGCAGCGCUGGCGCACCUGCUGGCAGAGGCAGCAGUUCCUGCAUGCAAAGUACCAGAGGUGGGUGCAGGUCCACCGCCAGGGCUUGAGGAGGUCGGUGUUCCAGCGCUGGCGGCGGGCAGCAGCUCGUCGGAGGCGCCCAGGGGCCCUGCCGGAGCAGCUUCUACUGCACAGCCACUCCCCGGCCUGGCGUGCAGUUGUGAGAGACGCAGGGGCGCUCCCAGCCACGGGAGCCUUUCAGGGUGGCCCGGGAGAGGCCCGCGGGGCAGCAUGGGCUGUGUGGCAGGGUGCCCGAGCAGCCGAAGCCUGGGCACGGGAGCGGCGUGUGGCCUGGGCCUCCGUGGGCCGCUGGAGGAAGCGCGUGCAGGAGCACCGGGCAGACAGACAGCUCCGGAGGGCCCGGGCCCAGCAGGCCUUUGCGGUGUGGCGCGCAGCUCUGGGCCAGCGCUGCAGGGUCCACCAGGUGGAGGAAGAGAGAGCCGCCCUGUCCUGGGCACCGAGGGCGCAGGGGUCCCGCCUGCACCGGGGCAGCCGAGCCCAGGCCGCCUGGAAGCUGAGUACCAGGAAUGUUGGCGUAGCGGCAGCGUCGUCAGCGAGGCGGGCGGGCUCCCAGGCGCUGGCGGGGGCCGAGACCCGCCGACCCGCUGAAAGGGUAACGGGCGCCGCGCUGCAGGCCCCACCCGCGGCAGGUGCACGCGCACCCGCGCAGGCCGGCGCCGGCCUCGUCGGGGCACCGGGGGCACCGGGGGCAGCAGGGGCCGCGGCCGUGGGGCCCCGGUUCCCGCUUCGCUUGGCAGGGCCGAGGCGGGGAGGCGGGGAGGCGGGGAGGAGGGCCCGGGCUCAGGCGCCCCGCCGGCUGCUCCCCAGACCCCCCGCCUCGGCACGCGGCGCGGCCCCGCCCGGAGCAUCUGCGGACGCGAGCGGAGACCGGAGACCCGCGCGCACGGCGGCGACCAGCCCCCGGCCCGCCGGGCCCUCCGCGGAGGGCGGCCCGCAGCACCCCGAGCGGCCUCGAGCUCCCAGGUCCGCGCCCCCGGCCGCCUGGGCGACGCCGCGGAGAGGCGCCUGGGGUAAGCGCGGCUGCGCGUGCGCGGGCGCGGGCGCGGGCCGGCGGGGGCGGGGCCAAGGCCGGGGCGGGGCCACGCCAAGGCAGGGGCGGGGCCCUAACCGGGCCGGGCCUGGGCCUGGUCGAGGCGGGGGCGGGGCCGUCUCCGGCCCGCGCUCCAUCCCGGAGGAUCCGGGGGUCCCUGGCUCCGGGCCUCCUCCGGGGCGUGGGGCCCUGAUGCUCUCGGCUAUCGGGGUGCACGCCAGGGCCUCCCCCCACCAGGAGGAAAUACGGGCAGCGCUGGCGCCACGAGGCGUUGCUUCGCCGGCUCCAGGGCUCGGAGCGGGCCAGGCGCCUGGCAGCGACAUGGCAGCGCUGGGUAGAUGCUCAGGGCGGGGAGCAGCUGGCACGGACGCUGGAGUGGGGGCAGCCCCUCCCCGGCCCCGGCUGAUGCCGCAGCUCCUCUCGUCCUCAGCCCUAACCCCAAGGAAUGAGGUCUCUCAAAGCAUCUCGGUCUCUGUAUGGACCAAGUCUGAACAACUUGGGGUUGGGCGCAGGCAUCUGCAUGCACACACACCUCAGGGGACCCGCCCGCCCAGGCCCCGUCACAGCCCCUCCGUCCUGAGGCUGCAGAGCCGAAGGGGGAAGUCGCAGCAGAGGGGUGGGGGGCAGCAGUGGGCCCGCUCACCACCCACCCCCACAGCUGAGGCAGUGGCACCUGAAGUGGGCCUGGCGUGUGUGGCGGCGGCAGGUCCUGCAGCUGCGGGUGGCUCAGCAAUUACAGCACCAAGAAUGUGGCUGGGCCCUUUCCCAGGUUCGGAGGGUGUCCCCCUCUCCUACCCCCACCCCUGCAGCAGCUCUUCCCAAACCAGCACCAGACCCGGUCAUGCCUUUGAGAAGUGGUGCCAGCACCUGGCAGCCAGGGGCCGGAAGAGAGGGGCCACCAGCACUGAUAACCACAGGCCUCAGGAGCCCAGGGAGCAGCUGCAAGCUGCCCGAGCCCAUGUGUGUGGUGGACUUGGGGCGGAGCAGGGGACCCAGCUGCAGCUGUGACUUGUUCCCAUGGAA